AUGACAAUACCAACAAAUAUACCGGAAGACAUUGAUGUAUUGGAUUUGAGUGAAAAUUUACUAACCGUCUUGGAAAACAAUUCAUUUGUACAAUUUUCGAAUCUGAAAGAAUUGCUUGUUAGUAAGAACAAUAUAAAUCGUAUUGAAAAGGAAGUCUUUUAUCCAUUAACUAAGCUAACAGUAUUGGAUAUUUCGGGAAAUGUUAUAAGAAACAUAUCAAACCAAGUACAUCCAGAAAUGUUUAUGUUUUCAAGUAACCUCUACAAGCUGGACAUUCGUCGGAAUAUGAAAGACGCAAAACUAAUUCGGACUAAUUAUACAUACCCAGGAGCUGCGUUUUCUUUACUAUCCAAUUUAACAAUUCUAUAUAUGGACCUUGUUCCGUACCCCGUUUUUGGACCAGAAUUUGAAAGUCUAGUAAAGUUAGAAGUGUUGGGAUUUGAUUAUUGUUUGUUAGCUGCAAUGCCAAAGGACUUGUUCAAACAUUUCACUAUGAAGGUACGAGAACUACACUUAAUGAGAUGCCAUUUUAUACUUAGACAGGAGGUACAUUAUGGUUCUCUUCAAUAUUUUAAACAUUUAAAGGUUCUUAAUUUAGCGGAUACACAUAUUCAUUUAAUACGAGCAUUAGAUUUAUUGCACUCUUUUCAAAAUACCAACAUGGAUGUCAUAAACUUUCAACGAGUAAGCUAUGAACUUCUAGAUAAUGACAUAUAUCCUUACACACUUGUUAUUACAAGUGAAAUGAUGAAAUAUCUGAGGACUAUUUGUGUUAAGACAUUGAAUCUAGCUGAUAAUGGCAUUGUUGAUUUUCGUGAGAAUUCAUUACUUUCGUAUGACCACCCAGCAUGUUUUGAAAAUAUAGUACUAUCCGCGAACAGGUUCACAUUUCAUAUUGGGCGAAAAAUGAAAGAAAUUCUUACUCUUAUUCAUAAUUUAAAAAAUAUAGUUCUGUUUGAUUUUUCGUAUAACCCAAUAAGAUUUAGCAAUGAGACGUACUUGCGCAUACCUAAUGGUAACACAUCAUUCGAUUACGAGGCCACUGGUUGUUUCAGUGAAGGAUUUAUCAAUGGACCUGGUAGAACAAUUAUCUCCCUUCCUCCGAAAUUAAAAAUAUUGAGAUUUUCACAUUUCGUUAGACAAAGCUGUGGCGAUGGUUUUACGGUGAGAAAUGCGUCGUCAUUAGAAAAACUUGACAUGUCAUAUUAUCAGUUUCAGAAAUUCCCAGAUCUAAAAAUAGAAGGAGAGAAUAAUUUGAAAUCGCUUAAUAUGUCUGGAAUAGAUGCAUCUUUGUAUUUAAAUAAGAAGUAUGUACCACCAUUUAACAAUGUUGAGGAGGCAUUUUUCAGACAUGUGGAACUUGGAAAAAGUCAGGCAAUCAGUAAAUAUCUUUUUACACUGAUACCAUCAGUACAAAUUCUCGAUAUAUCUUAUAAUAGUUUGUGGACAUUACCUCAGGAUGCUUUUGUCGAAAAUACAAAAUUAUCGGAACUAGACUUAUCAAAUAACGUAUUGCACGAAGUUCCAGUCGCCAUAUUGGAAAUAAAACAGUUGAGAAAAUUAAACUUGCAGAAUAAUAAUCUUGUGAGUAUUAGUAAAACCAUCUCUGAUUGGUUAGAUUCUUUAUCUGAAAAACAAGACAUUAUUCUUUUGUUAGCUGGAAACGUGUUUUCAUGUACGUGUGAAAAUAGACAGUUUAUCAGUUGGUUAUUUAACACUAAGGUACACUUAGACCCUGAUGAUCAGAAUAUCUCAAACAAAAACUAUUCAUGCAGAUUAUCAAAUGGCGAAGUAAAAGGCACUUCUGAGGUAUACGACCAGUACCACGAUUUAUAUUCUGACUGUAAUGCGGGAAUAUGGUUACGUUUUGGUAUAUCUUUACUCGUAACAUUUACUGUAAUUGCUUUUAUAUUCGCUGUAAUCUUCAACUUCCGGUGGCGCAUAGCAUACUACAUCUAUCGUACAUUUAAAACUGUCAUCGAAUCAAAAAUGAAUUUAAAAUUUACUUAUGAUGCAUACGUUGCUUAUUCUGAGGAUGCCAAAGACUGGGUUAAGUAUGAUUUGGUGCAUAAAAUAGAAAGACGAUGGGGACUUAAAUUGUGCAUCGAAGAUCGUGAUCUGCUUGCUGGAAAAUCUUAUAUAGAAUCCAUCGCUGAAGCAAUUGGGUCAUGUCGACAAGUAAUAUUCGUGUUGACUCCAGGGUUACUCGACAGAGAAUGGACUCAAUACGAAAUAGAGAGAGCAAAGUAUGAAAUGGCAUGCAAACAUGUUCAAAUAACAGUGUUAAAUCUUGGAACUGCUGUACAAGAGGUACCUGCGGAGUUUUCAUCAAUCUGGCAUAGAGUUUGUCUGAUAGAAUGGUCAGAUGACCCACAGUCUUCAGAUAACCCAUGGCAUAAAUUAAAAUUACGAUUGGUCUUAAAUAGAUAA